GGGAUGGAGGGUGUGGCGGUGGCGAUCAGCCCGAACUCGGGCUGAAGAACCUUUCCCAGCGGCAGAUUAGUCAGUCAGCCUUCUGGCCGCUGGGGAAAGUGCACUAGGCUCGGGGGAGUGCUACCAAGACAGUGCUACCAAGGCUGAGGAUGAGGCUGGGUCUCUGUGUCCUGCUAUGCGCGGGGACCCUAGGGCUGUGCCUGGCUGUUCCUGAGAAGACUAUAAGAUGGUGUGUUGUGUCGGAUCAUGAGGCCACUAAGUGUUCCAGUUUCAGUGACAAUAUGAAGAAAGCUCCUGCAGAUGGCCCAUCUGUUAGCUGUGUGAUGAGAACCUCAUACCCUGAGUGCAUCAAGGACAUCUCGGCCAACAAAAUAGAUGCUGUGACCGUUGAUGGAGCUUUGGUGGCUGAGGCUGGCCUGCCCCACUACAACCUGAAACCUAUCAUGGCAGAAUACUAUGGAUCGAAAGACGAUCCGCAACCCUAUUUUUAUGCUGUGGCCCUGGUGAAGAAGGGCACAGGCUUCCAACUAAACCAGCUCCAGGGCAAGAAGUCCUGCCACGCCGGCCUGGGCUGGUCUGCUGGGUGGUACACUCCCCUCAGCAUACUGCUUCCUUCUGGCUCUCUGGAAACAGCUGCAGCCACAUUCUUCUCCAGCAGCUGUGCCCCCUGUGCCGAUGGGAAGACGUUUCCUAGCCUCUGCCAACUGUGUGCGGGGAAGGGGACGGACAAGUGUGCCUGCUCCUCCAGCGAACCAUACUUCGGCUACUCUGGGGCCUUCAAAUGUCUGCAGGAUGGUGCGGGGGAUGUGAGCUUCGUGAGGCACCUGACAGUGUUUGAGGCCCUGCCACAGAAGGCUGACAGGGACCAGUAUGAGCUGCUCUGCACCGACAACACCCGCAGGCCGGUGGACGAAUACAAGCAGUGCCACCUGGCCCGGGUCCCCUCUCACGCCGUUGUGGCUCGCAGUGUGGAUGGCAAGGAUGACUUGAUCGAAGAGCUUCUCAGAGUGGCCCAGGAACAUUUUGGAAAUGACCAGUCGUCAGCCUUUCAACUCUUUGGCUCCCCCCAUGGGAAAGACUUUCUGUUUACCGAUGCUGCUCAUGGAUUUCUAAGGGUGCCUCCAAAGAUGGACAUCAAUCUGUACCUGGGAUACGAGCAUUUUUCUAACAUUAAGAAUCUAAAGAGAGGUUUGGAAGACUCCCGGAGGGUGCAGUGGUGUGCAGUGGGCCAACAGGAGAAGGCCAAGUGUGACGACUGGAGCGCUGUGAGCGGAGGCGCUUUGGCGUGCGCCACGGAGGAGACCCCUGAGGACUGCAUCGCUGCCAUCAUGAAAGGAGAUGCGGACGCCAUGAGCUUGGAUGGAGGAUUUGCCUACAUCGCAGGCCACUGCGGUCUGGUGCCUGUCCUGGGCGAGAACUACUUGUCUACACAUGGCAGUGAGAGACUGGGGUCUAAGUGUGUGGAUGCACCUUUGGAAGGUUAUUAUGUUGUGGCCGUGGUUAAGAAAUCAGACGUUGGCAUCACCUGGAACUCUCUUCGAGGCAAGAAGUCCUGCCACACGGCCGUCGGCACUUCUGCAGGCUGGAUCGUGCCCUUGGGUUUAAUAUACAACCAAACGGGGUCUUGCAAACUUGAUGAGUUCUUCAGUCACAGCUGCGCCCCAGGGUCUAAUCCGAACUCCCGCCUCUGUGCUCUGUGUGCUGGUGGUGACAACCCAGCCCACAUGUGUGCCGCCAACAGCCACGAGGGAUAUCACGGCUCCAGCGGUGCUCUCAGGUGUCUGGUUGAGAAGGGGGAUGUGGCCUUCAUGAAGCACCCCACAGUUCUACAGAACACUGAUGGAAAGAACCCUGAGUCUUGGGCUAAGGGUCUGAAACAGGAAGACUUUGAGCUGCUGUGCCUUGAUGGCACCAGGAAGCCUGUGACUGAGGCUCAGAGCUGCCACCUGGCCCGAGUGCCAAACCAUGCUGUGUUCUCCAGGAAAGAUAAGGUCGACUUUGCUCGCAGAAUACUCUUCAACCAACAGGAGCUCUUUGGAAGAAAUGGAUUUGAAAGGAUGAUGUUCCAGAUGUUUGGAUCCUCAGCUAAGGACCUGCUGUUCAAUGAUGACACGGAAUGCUUGUCUAACCUUCAGAACAAAACAACGUAUGAAAUGUACCUAGGGCCGCAGUAUCUCGCCAUGACGAGCAGCUUCAGACAGUGCUUGUCCUCUGACCUGCUGGAUGCUUGCACAUUCCACAGACAAUAAACACCAUUCAGCUGGGGCCACACAGGGCCGGGGGACCUAAUUGUCUUCAUGUGGAUGCAUACUGACAUCUUUAUAACUCAGUGUUGUAAUUGAAGCAAAAAGAAUUAAAAUAAAUAAAAAAUACCUUCCCAGAAA